UCCCCAGUCGGCGCUCUUCCUCUCUCUACCCGCAAACGCGAUACUAUCUUCACUUCCGGUCUGGAGUUUUCAAACAACACUAGCUAGCCAGUUAGCCGUUACACAUUUUUGCUCAGGGAAUUACGGCAACACUUUGCUGAGAUUUGGCUAGCGGGCUAGCUUGUGGUUAAAUCGGGCAACGAUGUCAUCGAGCUCCAAGAGGAGACGAGCCACUUCUCCCUCCAGCAGUAUCAGCGGAGGAGGAGACCUCGAUGAUACCUCCUCUUCUACUCCUGGAAGUGGCAGGAAACGAAGAAGGAUAUCCAAUGUUCCUCCAGUAGAUACGGUCGCUGUGUGCCAUGAGCUGUUCAAUGCUGUAAGGGACUACAAGGACGAUCAAGGGAGGCAACUUUGUGAAGUUUUCCUCAGGGUACCAAAGAGGAGGAAUCAGCCUGAUUAUUAUGAAGUGGUGUCCCAGCCGAUUGAUAUGACAAAAAUCCAAUACAAACUGAAGUCUGAGGAUUAUACUGAUGUGGAGCAGCUUACUACAGAUUUUCAGCUCAUGUUCAGGAAUGCCAGGUCAUUUUACAAGGCGGACAGUGAGGAGUAUCAAGCUGCGUGCAAGCUCUGGGAGGUAUAUUUACAAACAAGGAAUGAGUUUGUGCAGCCUGGAGAUGGAGAUGAGGAUGAUGAAGAUGGCGAUGACAUGAUGGAUAAUUCAGGAAUACCACCUGAAGAUGAGACCUCAGCUGGCAGUUUGAAAGAAGUGCUCGAGCAACUCUUGGAGGCCAUAGUGUCAUACACUGAUCCCUCAGGGCGCGUGAUCAGUGAACUGUUCCAGAAACUGCCCUCCAAAGUGCAUUAUCCAGACUACUAUGCCGUUAUAAAGGAGCCAAUAAAUCUGAGAAUGAUCUCUCAAAGAAUACAGAUAGGAUAUUAUAAAACAGUCAAUGCCAUGGCCAAGGACAUAGACCUAAUGGCCAAAAAUGCCAAAACAUACAAUGAACCAGGAUCUCAGGUUUUUAAGGAUGCUAACACCAUAAAGAAAGUCUUCAUCCAGCGGAAGACAGAGCUUGAACACGCGGAACCCACUAAAUCAAGUCUUCGCAUCAGAAAUCGCAGGUCUGGCCAGGGGGAUCAACUUUCUGGUGUGAGCGUAGCUCUUCAGUAUGGCUCGGAGAGUGAGGACGACCCCGUGCUCUCGGGCUCCGUGUGCUACGAUGAGGGAGAGUCGGAGGCUGAGAGCCAGAGUUCAAGCAUGGAGAUGAGCAACCCAAUCUUCCAACUGUAUGAAGCUGUGAGGGGUGCCAGGAAUAACCAGGGCCAACUCUUCUCUGAACCCUUUCAGCAACUGCCCUCUCGCAGGGAAUAUCCUGACUAUUAUCAGCAAAUAAAACACCCCAUCUCUCUGCAGCAAAUCAGGUCAAAGAUGAAGAAUGGCGAGUAUGAAAGUGUGGAUCAGAUAGAUGCUGACCUCAAUCUGAUGUUUGAGAACGCAAAGCGCUACAACAUGCCUAACUCAAGCAUUUACAAACGCGCCUUCAGACUCCAGCAGAUUAUGCAGGCAAAAAAGAGGGAGCUUCUAAGGCGAGAUGAAGAAGAUGGAGACAGUAUUCUGUCGUCUGAUGCAGGCAGCAUCAAGAGGAAAAGCCACAAGAAAAAUGUCAAAAAGAAUCGAAUGAAAUCCUUGUACGCUGCGGUCACCGAGGCCAGGGAGGCGGGCACCGGUCGACGUCUCUGUGAGCUCUUUAUGGUUAAACCAUCCAAGAAGGACUACCCUGACUACUACACUGUCAUCCUCGAACCGAUGGACAUGAAAACCAUUGAGCACAACAUUCGCAAUGAACGCUAUGUCACAGAAGAAGCUCUGAUGGACGACAUGAAACUGAUGUUUCGCAACGCCCGGCAUUACAAUGAGGAGGGAUCUCAGGUUUACAAUGAUGCUGACAUUCUGGAGAAGAUACUGAAAGAUAAGCGCAAAGAGUUAGGCCCACCACCUGAAGAGGAUGAUAUGGGAUCUCCCAAACUGAAACUCAGAAAGAGUGGUGUGUCUCCAAAGAAAUCCAAAUACCUCACCCCUCUUCAGCAGAGGUUGAAUGAGCUCUACGAUGCUGUCCGAAACUUCACCGACCGCCGAGGUCGCCGCCUAAGUACAAUCUUCCUCCGCCUGCCCUCUCGUGCCGAGUUGCCCGACUACUAUGCUACAAUCAAGAGACCCAUUGACAUGGAGCGCCUGCGGAGCCACAUGGCGGCAGGUCGUUACCAGGACGUCGAAGCUCUGGUGGAGGACUUUGCUCUCAUGUUCAAUAAUGCCUGCAUUUACAAUGAGCCCGAAUCUCUGAUCUAUCGGGACGCUCUUGUGUUGCACCGAGUGCUGCUGGAGACGCGCAAGCAGCAAGAGGGAGCUGAGGACUCUGCGCCUCCUGCUGUGGGAUCGCUGGUGCGAGAGCUGAUCAGGAACCUGUUUGUGUCCGUGAUGGGCCACCAGGACGAAGAGGGCCGAUGCUAUAGUGACUCACUGGCUGAGGUUCCUGCUGUGGAUCCAGCUUCCCCUGAAAAGCCGCCACUUAACUUUGAUAUCAUCAGGAUGAAUGUGGAGCGCGGCCGCUACAGGAGGCUGGACGUGUUCCAGGAACACAUGUUCGAAGUGCUCGAGAAGGCGAGGAGGCUGAACAGGACAGACUCUGAGAUAUUUGAGGAUUCGGUGGAGCUGCAACAGUUUUUCAUCAAGAUCAGGGAUGAGCUAUGCAAAAACGGAGAGAUCCUGCUGUCCACUGCGGUCAACUACACGUUCAAACACCUGCACAGCGACGUAGACCAGGAGAAGAGGGAGAAAAUCCCCAAAGAGAUUGAGGAAGACAAGCAAAAGAAGGAGGAAGACGAGGAUAAAGACAAAGAAGGCGAGAAAGCCGAGGACCUGCCGGGAGAGGACUGGCAGUCGGAGUCGGAGUCUGAGCGCGUGUACGUUCAGGACUGCAGCUUUGAAAAUGUGACCUACCACGUUGGAGACUUCGUCUACGUGGAGCCGUCAGAAGCAAAGCUGCAGCCUCACAUUGUCUGCAUCGAACGUCUGUGGGAGGAUGAAGCUGGUGAGAAGUGGGUGUAUGGCUGCUGGUUCUACAGACCAAGUGAAACCUUUCACUUGGCCACUCGUAAGUUCCUGGAGAAAGAGGUCUUCAAGAGCGACUACUACAACAAAGUGUCCAUCAGUAAAAUCCUGGGCAAAUGUGUGGUUAUUUUUGUGAAGGAUUAUUUCAAAAUGCAGCCCGAGGGCUACAGAGCUGAGGAUGUGUACGUGUGCGAGUCCCGCUACGCUGCCAGAAAUAAGUCCUUCAAGAAGAUCAAGAUAUGGGCCAUGCCCGAGAGCUCUGUGAAAUUAGUCCCUCGGGAGGUGCCUCUGCCUGUUGUCCGCGUAGCUUCCAUGUUUGCCAAACCCAACCAGGAGAAACUGGCAAUGUCCUACGUGGCGAGUGGCGGUUUCGUGGAGAAGGAGAGAGAAGACGUCCCGAUGGAGAUGAGCGGAGCCGAUCCCGGCUGUCAGCACUAUGAACAGUUACGCUAUAACAACAUGUGGUUUAAAGUGGGAGACUGUGUUUACAUCCAGUCACAUGGUCUGUCCAAACCACGGGUUGCCAGGAUGGAAAAGCUGUGGGUGCAGAAUGGAACAGCUUUCUUAUUCGGACCCAUCUUCAUUCAUCCUGAAGAAACCGAGCAUGAGCCCACGAAGAUGUUUUACAAGAGAGAAGUGUUUUUGAGUCAUCUGGAGGAGACCUUGCCCUUGACCUGUGUCAUAGGAAAAUGCACAGUGUCCUCAUUUAAGGACUACCUGUCAUGCAGACCUACAGAGUUUUCGGAGGACGACGUCCUGCUGUGCGAGAGCCGCUACAUUGAAAGUGAGAAACAGAUGAAAAAGUUCAAGGGCCUGAAGCGCUUCUCAUUCUCCUCCAAAGUGGUGGAGGAUGAGAUCUACUAUUUCAGGAAGUUGAUAGUGCCACAGAAGGAAGCUUCGCCGUUUUUGGAUAAGAAGAUUGAUGAGCUGGAGCUUAAACUGGCUGAUAUGGAGGAUGCAGAUGAAGAUAUGGACGACAUGGAUGAUGAGGAGGAGGCUCCGGAGACGCCUUCCUUGCCUCAGUUGCAAACCCCUCAUGCAGUAGACAUGGACGUCAUGCCAUACACGCCGUCACAGGUACCCUGCAUACACCUUAACCCAAUAUAUGCACAAACAGCUGUUGGCAGUUUUAAAAAAUGCACAAUAUUUUCUUACACGUGUGUCUUUUUCAUGAAGGCCACUCCUAAAAUAAAGGGCCUGUCAAAGAAGGAAGGCGCAAAGAGGAAGAUCAACAUGAGCGGUUACAUUCUGUUCAGCAGUGAAAUGCGAGCCGUCAUCAAAGCUCGACACCCAGACUUCUCAUUCGGGGAGCUGAGUCGUCUGGUCGGCACAGAGUGGAGGAAUCUCGAAGCUUCUAAGAAAGCGGAAUACGAAGAACGUGCAGCCAAAAUAGUAGACCAGCAAGAACGUGACAGGCCGCCCCAGAAGCAAGCAUCCCCUAGAGCAGGCAUGAUGGGAGCUUACGGCCCACCUUACAUGCCCAUGCAGGGCCCCCAUGAGGGUUUGCUGAGUGUGGCCCCAAUGCCACCUCACCCCGCAGGGGGUCCUCACCUUCUACCUCACCAUCUCCAGCAAGGUAUGCCUGGGUACCCUGGCAUGCCUCAUCAGGGUAUGAUGGGCACUGGUAUGAAUGGCAUGGCAGGAAGUCCAGCAACAGGAAACUUUAUGCAACAGCCUGGGAUGUUCAGCCCAGGACAACAUGCUCCUCCACCAUAUCCAGGACAGGGUCAGUUGGGCCAGCCCUCACAUUUGCAGCCCACCACUCCAAUGUUUGUGGCUCCACCACCAAAGACCCAGAGGGUGCUCCACUCAGAGGCCUACCUGAAGUACAUUGAAGGCUUACAUUCAGAGUCCGGCACCGUCAGCAAGUGGGACCAGACUCUGAAAGCUCAAAGGCGAGAUGCUCACCUGACCAAAGAGCAGGAGAGUCGGCUGCCAGCUCACUGGCUGAAGAGCAAAGGAGCCCACACCACUAUGGCGGAUGCGCUGUGGCGUCUGCGUGACCUCAUGCUUAGAGACUCUCUGAACAUGUGUCAGGCUCACAACCUGUAACCUCUAGGGCAUAUGAACCACUCAACUCACACACUGCUGUUGUCCUUAAGUUACAGAGUUUAGGAAGCAUUAUAGACUGUUGAAGCAAUAUUUUAUAGUGUGUCACGAUCAAUUUUAUAUUUAUUAGCUAACAUAAUAAGCUUAAUAGUUAAUUGUGUGUGCAUUUCGUUUUUUUUUUUACACCCUUUGGAUUAAUAGCUCUGCAAAACGUGUGAUUUUUGGCUUAUUGAUACGACCAAAAAUAAAAUAAUAGCUACACUGUG